AUGCUGCCGCCACGGCGCCUCCUGCUGCAGCGACGCCUCCUUAGAUCGCAGGGCCUGCAGCAAGACUGCGGGCGGCACAAGCAUCAAGUUCAUGAAUGUCGUGAGCGCGCAUCUUUCCAUGCGGAAUUUCUCGCCGCCGCUGCUGCUGCAAGUCAGGCAGAAAGUCGUCCCCAUGCGCGCAGCAGCGCCGACAGCAAAGUGUAUUGGGCCCUGCAUUGCUGCCGACAGCUGCACAGGAGCCACCUUGCAAAAAAGCUAGAGCGGCAAAGCAUCCGGAGGCUGAAGCACCUCGAUGAAGUUCCCAAUGCAGCCGCUGCAGCUGCAGCAACCAGAGCAGCAGCUGCAGUGGGUGACGGCUUGCCCCUCAGGAUCGAGAAGGAGACGUUCGCUAGAGAGCUGCUGCUGCAGCGCCACGCUAUCGCCGCUCUCUUUACAGACGAUCAGAAGUCUGCCCUCUUCAACAGGAAGGCAAACUCGGCGGAUCGGCCAGCUGACAAUCCACCGCACAGUGCAGCAGGCCAUGCAGGAGCAGCGCCGCCAGUCAGAAAAGAGUUGUCUCCUGCGCAGCAGCAACAGCUGAAUAGGCAUCUCCGAAAUGCCAUGAAGGCGUGGAGUCUCUUGCGGCCAGAAGCAGAGCCCUUCUACAAGGAAGACGCCAUGCUGAAUUUGGAGAGCCGACUGAACUCCCUGACCCUCGAGCAUUCUUCCUUGCAGCAAGAACUGCUCAAGCAGCAGGAGCAGCAAGAGCUAGAGGACGGGCUUGUCCCCCCUACAGGCGCAGUUGCAGCGUGGCUGGCGGGUCACCUCUCUCGCGUAAUCGCUAACCAGAAGCGAUAUGCUUUGCUGCCUGUAGUGUCACCGCAGCCGAUCAGCGCGACGGCUCCCCCGGUGUCUCUAUCUCCCACGUAUAGCAGUAAGAACGGGAGCUCUCCUCAAGACAGCAUUGAUGCGCGCUUCGCAGCAUUCGUCGUGUCUCGCUUGCGCGAUCCGCUGUACGACAUGGGAAGAGACUGUCUCUUCGAUUCGUGGCUAGUCAAGGAAGACGCCAUUGACAACCUCAUCCUCAAAGCCGAUCUCGCGGAUGCCCCGCAGGCACUGAAGGGGCUAGCUGCCUUCUUUCAGCUUACGGGAGCCAAUGGCGCAGAAGUCUAUACUCCCGAAGUCGAAGCAGCAGUUUCCCGCCUCUUCGGGACGCUUUCGGAUGUCGGCCUCUCUGACUGGCUGCGCGCUGUGCCGGAGAUGUUUGAGGCCUUUUUGCCGCAUGGAGAAAUCCCCUACACUUCCGUCAGCCCGGAAGACAUGGCGACUGCUCGGCUCCUCUUGGCAGCAGCAACAAAGGGCAAAGGGAACCUCUUGGAUUUUGAUGCGGCAAGCCCCUUCAAGCUGUUGCAUGGAAUUCCCGCAAAGACUGUGGAAGAGGAGUUGAGGGCUCUACCGGAGAAUCCGCUCCUGCCGUCGGCAGAGCUCGAGAAACACUUCAACGUGGAAGAGGCUGCGCGCUGCAUCGCUCCAUCGGCAGAAGGCACCAUAGCGGGAGGUUCCCAAACAGCCGCCGAUGAGACCCUAAAAAAGUUCAAAGCCAAGUUUGGCAUCACUCCUCUUGAAGCACUCGUUGAUGACGAGCUCAAGUUUGUGCAGACAGCAGGCCCUGCGGAGUGGCAAUUGCAAGACUGUAGCGGCGGCAGCGGUGAGCACGGCAGUGGUAGCAACGCCUCGGAAGCGCCUUCAUUAGCAGAGCGAGACGGUGCAUCAGCAGGAGACGGUCUGGUGUUUGCCGGGUGGAAAUGGAAGCGGCCAAGCCAAACGGUGCGAGACGCAUCUCGAGGCGUGUAUGUAAGGGAGCGGGGAGGUGUUGACCCUCAACUGGCGCUACAUGAAUUGCGGCAGACCCUCUUGCAGGCUAACAGGAUGAUGGCGAUGACGAAGCAGGGCCGCGUGUACUAUUAUCGCGCCAUCGUCGCAGUCGGCAACGGCCGAGGUCUCUUUGGAAUUGGCAUCGGAUUUGGAUCAAAGCCCAAGGACGCGCGCAGCAGCGCGGCUCUAUCCGCAAUUCAAAAUCUGAAACUUCUGGACUUAGAUGACGCCAGGAUUCUGACGACACCCCAGCACGGUCAGGAGUACUCGGCGCACGUUAAGAAAACCACCACGUGCGAGCCAUGUAGAGGCGCUACACGCGCCGCGCGGGAGACAAUUCGGGCAGGAUGA